AUGAUAGAUAUUUACAAUAUUGAGGACAUGGUCCUCUAUGUUACUUAUGCUUUUUUAGGUGCAACUCUUACGAGUGCACUGCUUUUUGCUUACAGCAAAAGGUUCAGAGUUGUGCUCCAGUUCUGUUACCUCUGUUUCGUCAAGCCGUUCACCCCUUCGUCAAAAACCGCCAAGAACACUGGUGCCCAACAGCAGGCUCUCGAGUCAUUCUACCAGGCCCAGGCCAAGAUCUACGACAUGACCAGGUCGAGGCUUCUGCAGGGCAGAGAAACUUCCCUCAAGCUGGCGGCGAGCCAUCUUUCAAGAACUUCUGAUCUCGUGUGGAUUGACGUAGGUGGUGGCACUGGCUACAAUGUGGAGCACAUGGAUUGCAUUCUGCCGUUGAACAAACAUUUUAAAGCAAUCUACGUGGUUGACCUAUCACCAUCUUUGCUCGAAGUUGCACAACAGCGUUUCGAGGCUAAAGGCUGGAAAAACGUUUACUGCGUGCUUGCCGACGCGUGCAACUUCUCUGUUGCCAAGCUGCCUGCUGAUUUAAUCACGUUUUCCUACUCGUUGUCGAUGAUUCCAACUUUCCACUGUGCUGUGGACCAUGUUGUUUCCAUGCUGCACAAAAACGGAGUUGUGUGCUGUGUGGAUUUUGGGGUCCAAACAAUUGCCACCUCGGUAGCCAAGGUUAACACCCUUGGAGGAAUGACAAACAGACACAGCCCGUGGAUUUUCCGCACAUUCUGGCGCACGUGGUUUGAGGCCGAUAGGGUAUUUUUGGAUCCGGCCAGAAGAGACUAUCUGGAGUACAAAUUUGGGACACUCAAGUCGCUCAACCUAUACAACAAAAAGCUGGGCAAUAUUCCAUAUUACAUUUGGCUUGGCUGCGACAAGGACCGCUCGCCAGCUCUGCUUCACAGGAUCAAUGCACUAGCCACUGAGUCUCCGUAUCUGGCUCCCCAGGAUGAGUCCGUCGAAAUUGCUAGAAGUAAGGGCCACGAGGCAGCUCUUGAAUUGCAGGCCAAAAAACUACCUUAUCCCUCCAUCUACUACCAGAACAAUGCCUACCGCGUCUACUACGAUGAGCUAAAACCAGGGUAUGCCCAAUUCAGCGACCAGUACAUUUAUGCGUUUACAUGGGAGGACCCAAGAGAGGAUGUCAGGAUCCUCAAGCUCUCGUCCAAAGACACCGUCCUGGCCAUCACUUCCGCCGGCGAUAAUAUCCUGGCGUACGCUUCUCUGCCAGACCCGCCUCGGCGGAUUCACGGAGUUGAUCUCAACCCCUGCCAGGGCCAUCUGAUGGAGCUGAAGCUUGCAGCUUUCAAGUCUCUAAAAAGGAAGGAAAUUUGGAAGAUGUUUGGACUGGGCAAGAUCGAGGGGUUCUGCGAGCUACUAGUUACCAAACUGGCUCCCCAUAUGUCUUCCAAUGCAUUCCAGUACUGGUACGCGAACGGUGAAAAGACGUUUGACGUUAACGGCCGCGGCCUGUACGACACAGGGUUCUCGAAAUGGGCCCUGCGAAUGGCCCGCUAUGUGUUCAAGAUCUGCGGUGUAACCUCCGACGUAGACGAUCUGUGUGCGGCCCAAACUAUUGAGGAACAAAAACGCAUUUGGGACGAAAAUAUCAAGCCUACGCUGUUCAACCCAAUUGUCUCGAAGCUGCUGAUAGGAAAUCCACUUUUUCUCUGGAAAGCGCUUGGCGUGCCGGCCAAUCAGGCCGCCAUGAUGGGCCCAUCUGUGGUGAAAUACGUGAUCGAUACGCUGGACCCUGUGGUUUCCCGCUCGCUCAUCGCCAGCGACAACUAUUUCUACUACCUGGCUCUCAAGGGAAGAUACUCGGAACAGAACUGUCCAGACUACCUUACAAAGUCUGCCUACAAAACGUUUUCUGCCAAAGGCUCACCAUUGGACAAUAUCCGUCUUCACACAGACUACUUGAACGACGUCUUUGCUAGGUUGACAAAAAAGUCUCUGACAGUAGCUGUAAUCAUGGAUCACAUGGACUGGUUCGACCCGGACGGAAAAGAUGCGGAGGAGGAAAUUGCCGCGCUGGAUGAGGCUCUGGCGCCCGGCGGCCGUGUCCUGCUCCGCUCUGCUUCCACGCAGCCAUGGUACAUAAAGAACUUCGAGAACAGGGGCUACAUCUGCGAAGCUGCUGCCGUACGCGAGUCGGGAAAAAGCAUCGACAGAAUCAACAUGUACGCGUCCACGUGGCUGUGCGUUAAGCCAGCCAGGCGACACAUGAGCACGAUCAGGAUCUGA